CCUCAACACCAUUGUAACACAAGCUUCUCUUUGAGUCUCCUCUUCCAUUCCCAACGAAGUAAAAAGAACUUCAGCUUCCACUACAGACAUGGCAUCCCACCUCAGAUCUGCGAGCGUGCCUUCAAGCCCCUGCUCCCGUGAAACUGACAUCGAAGGACAGCUGCAGAGCCUAAACACCGCCAUCUCCUCACCCUCUUCGAACAUCGAGACGGUGUGUGAUGGGUUAAGGAGGCUUGGAGGCAUCUACGACUGCAUCGAUGAGCUCACAUCCCUGCCAAGCAGCCAGGUUCUCCUCUGCAAGCAGCAGCAGAGAAUUGCUGUUGAACAAGAGCUCGAGCGCUCCCUCGUCUUGCUUGACCUCUGCGACGCGGUGCAAGUGAGCUUCUCUGAGCUCAAGGCAAGCAUUCAGGACAUGCAGUUGGUUAUCAAGAGAGGAGAUGCAGCAGCUCUUGAGGCAAAGAUCCAGUCUUGGUUCCGCCUGACCAAGAAAGCACAAAAACAGAUCAAGAAGAUCAGCAAGAAGUCUUCUCCAACUGAUCUGGAGAGCUGCAGAGUGGUGAAUCUGCUGGCUGAAGCUAGAGACGCCGCUGUCACAAUGAUUGAGUCCUCAACAGAACUCCUGUCAAAGCAAAUUGAGAUGCCAAAUUCUGCUAAGUGGUCUCUUGUAUCCAAGGCAUUCCAGAAGAAAAGAGUUACAUGCAAGGAGGAGCAAUUGCAGGUGCUGGCAUUGGACAUCGUUGAUCUUGAGAGUGGAGUUGAGACUUUGUUCAGGAGAUUGAUCCAGAGCAGAGUUUCUCUUCUUAAUACUCUCAGCUUGUAG